UACUUAAUUAUUGCUAAGGUUGAAUUAUUUUCUUGUUAGGAUUGAUUAUAUACUCUGCUAGAAAUUUAGGGCAGGUUUACUGGAAAUUGGUUGUGCAAAUUACAAGAUUAUUAUAUACUCCACUCGACAGGAAUUUAGGGCUUGCUUUCUGAUUGGCUGCGAUUUAAAGAGAAUGUUUUAACCUUGAAAGGGCGAAAAGUCGGGUAUUAAGAAAGAGGCGUCAAAACGGCGCCGUUUGGAUAGCAGUGCUAGUCAACUACAUAGUGGGGGAAAGUCGGAAAGUUCUGCGUUAUUGGUUCACCUCCAAGACCAUUUCAACACCCACUGUUUACGAAUUUUUAAAUACAAAGAAAGUAAAAUAUCUAUCCAAAAGUCUCCUACAAAAUUUCUUCACCAUAGUCCAUUAACGUGUUUGAUCGAAACAAUUGAAUUGUCAGAACCAAACUAGAAAAAUUAAACACAAGUAGAUCAAGACAUAACUAGUUUCCAUUUCUCUUUCAAAUUAAGCUUCAUUUUUUUUUACAUGGAUCAUGUCAUCGCGCUCUUGCUUUUCUUUCUCCCUUUUCAUCUUCUUCUCUUCAAAGCUGCUCAUUCCAAAUGCCAAGAAUCCUUUCCGUGUGGAAAUUACAGUCUGAGUUUUCCAUUUACUAAAGCUGAUAAUUCGGGCUGCGGAUUGAUCACCGUUGAUGGUUGUGAUUCCCAUCCUCCAUAUCCAGUAAUUCAUUUAGGUGGUGGAAAUCUUGGUUAUUAUAUUUUGGAGAGUAACACACCAAACAAAAUCUUGAUUUCUGAUUUUCAGCUUGAAGCUCAACUGAAGAACCGAAGCUGCUUUACUUUCAUGAAUCAAUCUAUGCUUCGAUCUCCUUCUAUUUCAAUCUCAUUCUCUCCUAAUCUCACCUUGUUCCCCUGCUUCGCCCAACCUGAUACUAACAAAUCUCAAUUAGAUGAACAUUUCGAAAACUAUAACAAGAUAGAUUGUAUCUCCACCGUGUACUAUAGAAUCCCAACAGCUGAUGAUUCUGCUUCCGAGAAAAUUGAAUUUCCUCGAGAGUGUUCACUGGUGCAGCUACCUCUGAAUUCUAGUGGAGACUCGGAUGAUUUGUUCAAUAUGAUAACUGCUAACUUUAGUCUAGAAUGGACUGUUUCUGAAGAAUGCCUUAGUUGUUUCCAUGGAGGAGGCCAGUGCCUUACUGCCAACAAUAACCAAUUCUACUGCAAAAAAGGAAAUAGGUUGACGGUGAUAUUAUUAGCUUCAUUGAUACCUGGAGUUGCAAUCCUUGUCUUGCUUGGCGGCUGCAUAUUUUGGUUACGAAAGAAAAAGUUGGGUGGCGCCUACCUUCUCUCAAGAAACCUUUCCUACGAUCCCUCCUCAAAAUCGGAUAUCGAAGAUGGAAGCUUCAACUUCGGCGUUCCUAUCUUCUCCUACACAGAGCUGGUGGACGCCACCGGCAACUUCGACCCAUCUAAAGAACUGGGAGAUGGAGGCUUCGGCACCGUCUACUACGGCAAGCUCCGCGACGGCAGGGAAGUCGCGAUCAAGCGCCUCUACGAGCACAACUACCGACGAGUGGAGCAGUUCCUGAACGAGAUCAAGAUCCUCACCAGUUUGAGGCACCCCAACCUGGUGUCCCUCUACGGCUGCACCUCGAGGCGGAGCCGCGAGCUCCUCCUCGUGUACGAGUACAUCCCCAACGGCACUGUGGCGGACCACCUCCACGGCGAGAGGGCCAGCGAGGCGCCCCUGACGUGGGGCGUGAGGAUGAGCAUUGCUAGAGAGACGGCCACGGCGCUGGCCUAUCUACACAAGUCCGACAUAAUCCACCGCGAUGUGAAGACCAACAACAUUCUGCUAGACAGCAACUUCUCCGUCAAAGUAGCGGAUUUCGGGCUGUCGAGGCUGUUCCCGAUCGACGUGACCCACAUCUCGACGGCGCCGCAGGGCACCCCGGGGUACGUGGACCCGGAGUACCACCAGUGCUACCAGCUGACGGACAAGAGCGAUGUGUACAGCUUCGGAGUGGUGCUGAUCGAGCUCAUCUCGUCCAUGCCGGCCGUCGACAUAAGCAGGCAUAAGCACGAGAUCAACCUGGCCAGCCUCGCCGUCAACAAGAUUCAGAGGUGCGCCUUUGACGAGCUGAUUGAUCCUUUCACGGGGUACAACUCCGACGCGGAGGCCACCAGGAUGACCACGUCGGUGGCGGAGCUGGCAUUCCGGUGCCUGCAGCUCGACAAGGAUAUGAGGCCAUCCAUGGAGGAGGUGGUGGCGUUUCUGCACGAUAUUCACACUGGGGGGGAUUGCGACUUCGAUCAGGUCAAAGGGGGUGCUCGUGAUUUGCAAGGGAAGAUACCGCCGUCGCCGGAGACGGAUGAGGUCGUGUUGCUCAAGAGUAGGAUUUAUCAGUCGUCGCCUACUGCUGUUACGGAUACGUGGAUUAGUAGUGACUCUACUACAGCCAGUUCUGUUGGCUGAUUUUUGUAUCUUAAUUUGUGUGUUAGGGGAUAUCAUGAUAUAUAUAUAAAUAUAUGAAUGGUUUAUAUAUUCUUUCUUUA